AUGGACGUCACACUGGGUAGGAAGAUCAGCCGUGGAGUGCUUGUCACCGGCACUCCCGGCGUCGGCAAGUCAACGUUUGCCUACUACUUCAUGCGCUGGCUGGCGCAGCAGGGGCGCGCGUUCGUGUACGACUUUGGUGACACCAGCGGCAGCAGGUUGCGCCUGUGGUUCGACUACACGCGCGAGGAGGUCGCUGUGCUGGAGGGUGGCCCCGACGCCUUCAGGGAUGUGCUGAGCCAGAAGAACGUUUGGCUCAUCUUUGAUGACUACGUUCCAGAUGUGCAGUACAAGGGCGGGGUCCCCACGCUCAUCCUGUCCAGCCCCAACCCCAAGCUGUUCUCCAAAUGGAGCAAAGAAGGUGCUGGAGGGGCCUCGGACCCCGACACUGCUGGUGGAGCCUCCAAGCAGCAGCCGUCGCCAGGGCAGCCGCAGCUGGUGCUGCAUGUGCCUGCGGGGAUCCAUCGCAUGGUUGACGAGGGCCAGAAUGGCUUGCCGGGCGACCGGGACUGGUUCCUGCGGUCCUCUGUGGUCAACCAAGCCGCGUGGGACGCAGUGGUCAUGAUUAAGGGCUGCCUGUGGUUCAUGCAGCAGGUGGUGUUCUGCUUCGUGGUGCCUGAGCGCAACCUUCGUUUGUUCCAGGCCCAGCAGUACGUGCUCCCAGGCUGGAAGCAGCAGGCCACAACGUUUCCCCCGGAGCUUCACGGCAUGUCGCAGGUUGUGAUGGCCAUUCGCAACGAGGAGAUUAUCAGGCGCGGCAGCGGCAGCGAUGGCGGUUAG